AUUUAUCCACUUCCUGUUGUCAAAAGAACGAGCGACGCAUUUAAAAAGGGAUACUAGCACAUUCUGUACUCCUGUUAAAAUAUCAUUAUGUCAGACAGGAAGGUCACAUUUAGUGAAAAGGAUCUUAUAGAGGAGUUUGAGAAUGACGACGUGUCUAACGAAGGCCGAUUGAAAAAGGGAAAGCACACCCUAGACAGCGACGAGGAGGACGAUGAUGGUGAUAAAUACGAUAUUCUGAAAGAAGAUGACAUUGAAGGCCAAGAGGAAAAGACAAUAGACUUUGACGAGGACAUACAGAUUACUCCAUUCAACAUGAGGGAAGAGCUGGAAGAGGGGCACUUUGACAAAGAUGGAACUUUCAUCUUUGACAAAAGCAAAAAUGAAUCUGAGCGCAUCAAGGCUCAGCAACGUGCUGCUGCUGCAGAAGAAGACAGUAAGGAGGAGCUACCACCUGUGGACAAGGUUGCCAUUUCAGUCAGAUGCUUGAGAUACUUAAACCCCAGAAACAAAGGCAAACCUCUUAGCACAGCUCAACGCUGGAAGGCAAAGCGACAGAAAAUGUCAGCAGCAGAGAAGGAGGCAGGGGAAACAGCAAAAGAGGAAGAAGACCAACAGACAAUGCUGCGGUUAACGGAAAUGGCAGACACUUUGGUGCAGGAUGGCAUGAUGGAGAUUUAUGGCACACGGGAAAAGGUGGCCCAUAUGUUGAAGCAAGAACAGGAGUCAAAAAAAGUUUCCAUUAAAGUCCCGAGGAAAAUCAGCGACGAUGAUGCACUUGACAUGUUUGUGAAAACUUUUGAUAAGAGCGUGUCAGACUCCUUGCAAGAUUCUGGUGAUGAGAAUAAAGAUGCAGAUGAAGCAAUCGGGACCAUGAAAAUUAUGGUGUCUUAA